AGUUUUUGCGGGUCAAAAUUGUUGAUUCACAUGGUCUUGCAUUGUUACUCGGAUUUUAACGAUCAGUCCAUAAACGUAUAAAGUUUUACGAAAAAUUUUUCAUUUAAAUAGCUUUUCAAUUCUUCUUUUCUUUUCUCUUUUUAUUUUCCUUUUCAAUUUAAGUAGUCUUCUACAGAUUUAUUAUACAUAGCAAUGCCAUCUCACUUUGACACCCUUCAAUUGCACGCUGGACAACCAGUUGAAGAACCACACAAGGCUAGAGCUCCUCCUAUUUAUGCCACCACUUCUUAUGUCUUCAAUGACUCCAAGCAUGGGGCUCAAUUGUUCGGUUUAGAAACACCAGGUAUGAUCUACUCCAGAAUCAUGAACCCAACCAAUGACGUUUUUGAAAACAGAAUUGCUACUCUUGAAGGUGGUGUUGGUGCUUUAGCUACCGCUUCCGGUCAAUCUGCCCAAUUCUUGGCCAUUGCUGGUGUUGCUCACGCCGGUGACAACUUUAUCUCCACUUCUUACUUAUACGGUGGUACUUAUAACCAAUUCAAGGUUGCCCUUAAGAGAUUUGGUAUUGAAGCCAGAUUCGUCAAUGGUGACAAGCCAGAAGAUUUCGCCAAGUUGAUUGACGAAAAGACCAAGGCUAUCUACAUUGAAUCCAUCGGUAACCCUAAAUAUAACGUUCCUGACUUUGAAAAGCUCGCCAAGAUUGCUCACGAUCAUGGUAUUCCUUUAAUUGUCGACAACACCUUUGGUUGUGGUGGGUUCUUAGUUAACCCAAUUGCUCACGGUGCCGAUAUUGUUGUCCACUCUGCUACCAAGUGGAUUGGUGGUCACGGUACUACCAUUGCUGGUGUUAUUGUUGAUUCUGGUAACUUCCCAUGGGCUGACUAUCCAGAAAGAUUCCCACAAUUCUCCAAGCCAUCUGAAGGUUACCACGGUUUAAUCUUGAACGAUGCCUUAGGUAAGGCCGCUUUCAUUGGUCAUGCCCGUAUUGAAUUGUUGCGUGAUAUCGGUCCAGCUUUGAACCCAUUCGGUUCUUUCUUAUUAUUACAAGGUUUGGAAACUUUAUCUCUUAGAGUUGAAAGACAAUCUUACAAUGCCCUUACCUUGGCCCAAUGGUUGCAAAAGAACCCAUAUGUUGAAUCUGUUUCCUACUUGGGUUUGGAAUCUCAUGAAUCUCACGAAUUAGCCAAGAAGUAUUUCAAUAAUGAUGCCAAGUUCUUUGGUGGUGCUCUUACCUUCACCGUUAAGGAAUUAGAAAACACUUCCAGCGAUCCAUUCGACGAAGCUUCUCCAAGAUUGGUUGACAAUUUGGAAAUUGCUUCUAACUUGGCCAAUGUUGGUGACUCCAAGACCUUGGUUAUUGCUCCAUGGUUCACCACCCAUCAACAAUUGUCUGAAGAAGAAAGACUUUCUUCUGGUGUCACCAAGGGUUUGAUUAGAGUUUCUGUUGGUACUGAAUUCAUUGACGAUCUUAUUGCUGAUUUCGACCAAGCCUUCAAGAAGGUUUACGGUGAAAAGUAAAUAUAGAACUAUGUGUAUAAACUGUAUGUAUUAGAAACUAAAAUCU